AUGGAAUCAGUGAGUGAUCAGGUGACCAAAGUAGAUGUGGGGUAUGAAAUUCCAACUUGGAAUAACUGGACCCCUUUGGCAAAGUUUUACCACCCCUUGCAAGCUGGUAGCAUUGAUGGAACUGACACAUUGCCGCAUGAUAAAGCUGUUUCUCGUGCUAUGGAAGCAAAAUGUAAGUAAAGAAUUGAGUGAAUAGAAAAGUUGCACUCAAUAUAAAAUACAGUCAUCUCUAAAAAUGAAAGUUCCACUGACGUGCGUGGAAUUAAGCAGAAUCACCAGGAAUUUAGGGGACUUGAAUUGCCGACUUCUCUAGUUCCUUGGUACACGGUGGGUUGUGGAGAAUUAUUAUAACUAACCAUGAGACAACUAAAAUACUUGACCCUUCAGAAAGCGACAUUUUAAUAAAGAAAACAUUUUUGGUAUUAGAAAGUGAGUUGACAGUCAGCAAUAUAACUUGCUACCAUAUGUGUCUUAUAUCUUUGUUUUCCUGAAGUAACCGUAAAGGGACACCCAGAAAAUAUCCCCAAGUGAUAUCUGAUAUUUACAGAUUCUCCUUUAAAUGGCCCUAUGUUGCUUGUGACCUUAAGAGAGAACUUGGCAUGAGAUAGGGAGGCAGCGUGGCUAAGUGACUGGUGUAUUGGACUUGGCAAUCCAGCAGUACCAAGUUCAAGUCCCACUCCGACCGCUCGCAGGAUUUGUUUCUCAGCCAUCCCAAGGUCAAAUCCUCUGCCAUGUUUGAGCCUAACUGGUUGCUUUCUGCCCUGCCAGCUGGGUUUUUUUAAUCUUUUUUUUGUUUUAUUUGGAGUUUUUGUUUCUAGUUACAGUGAAACUUGUAUUAAGCGGACACCAUAUUAAGCAAACACCCUCUAUUAAGUGGACAGUAGCUGAAGUCCCCAAAUUUAUUUCCCUUAUUUACUUUAAAUGAAACCUUUAUUAAGUGGACACCUCUAUUAAGUGGACACAGACAUCUAAAAAGUACCUGAAAUGGUCAUUUCUAUUGUUGCCAACCUGUACUAAACGGACACUUGUAAUAAUUCCACCACCCAACAUGCCAGACACCGGAAAUGCGAAAGAUUGCCUCGAAUUGCCACCCACAAGUUUUUCGAUUUUUACAUUAACCCCUUAAGUCUUAAUAGGGACCAACAUCAAUUAUUUCCUAACAAUAUCCAUACAUAGUCAAGAGGUAAGUUAUGAGAAUUGAUAAAAUGAUCACCCAAGAGAAAAUGCCUUGAUCUUUUAUCAAAUUCUCUCAACACAUUCUUUAUGGAAAUGUAUAGAGAUCAGUCAGGAGAAUUUGUAUGUGGAUACUGGGGCUUAAAGGGUUAAAAAACAUGACUUGAUGAACUUAUUUGAUUAGUUUCACAGUACAGUAUUGUUUUCUAUUUCGUUUUGUUUGUAUGGAGCUCGUUCAUCUGAUUUCUUCAGAUUUGAGUUGCAAUCUAUGUUUAUGGUACUAUGAUCAAUUGGUCCACUUUGAUAAAGAAAUUAAUGCAAACGUAUAUCAUCAUACUCUCUGGGAGUAUUCUAAACGUUUCUACUGUUCAUUUGAAUGGCAUUUGACACCUCAUAUGAAAUUAUCUAUUGACACCUGUAUUAAGUGGACACCCUGUAUUAAGUGGACACCUCAGCAUUCCCCGAGGGUGUCCGCUUAAUACAGGUUUCACUGUAUAUUAUCAUUUGAGUGGAGCCUGAAAAACUAGAUGCAGUUUCACUAACAACUUUUGGAAUAUAAUAAAUGAGAUCACAAGUCACUUACAAAGUUUUUUUUUCCAUGCGCCCCUUCCUUGUUUACUAUUGUUUAAUUAAUAUCUUCCCUGGCACUUGAAGGAGAAUCUGCAACAGCCUAUGUGAAGCUGAGUGAAAGUUUGUUUAACUCUGCCAUUUCUUGUUUAUAAUUUGUAGAUAAACCAAACAAGAGAGUAUCUGGUGAUCCUGAUAAAACUUUGUUUGUUGGAAAGCUUAGCAAGGACACCCGUGAAAGUAAGAAUACAACUCAAACAUGAUUAUAUAAUUCUUCUGCAGUAAAAAGUUAAAUUUAUAAAAUUUGUGGAACUGUAGUAUUAUUAAUUCCUGCAAAUACAACCCAGCCUAUGAUAUGUUAAGAUAAGAAAUUUGACCAACUUUAAUUUAUAAUCUCUAUCAUUAUCCACUCAUGGUCUGUUUCUUUACAUUGUUCCUUAGAACAAGGAGCUUUAUGCUCUAAACUUUUAACUACAGCAGUCUUUUUCCUCUGCAGUCUAAACAGUCUUUUCCUCUGCAUCCUCUUCUUAUUCUUACCAGUACAGCCCCAUGAGCACUUUACAGGCAACCAUGACAGUUUUCCCAUUAAGUUUUUUUAAGUUUCAUGUGUGCACCUUUUAAAUCACAUGACUCAGAUGGCUAACGUUUGUGAUGGAACCACCCCUCUUACCUCAGGUAGAGUUGUAAUCUCACUAAUCUUUCUCUCAAGAUGUGCGAGAAAGUAAGUGCUUAUCAUUUACACUGAAACCACCCAGGUAGAAAUCUUGUGCAUAAACUUAAACUACACGGCAUAAAAUUUGCCCUGGUAGGAGAAUGACCUGCUACAAUGUAUAUCCAAAUCAGCUGAACGGACUGAAAAGAGUAGAAAAAUUGCAUCCCCUCAAAUCACAGCCCAUGUUUUGUGAAGCGCCCCAAACACAAUGGUGCAAAGCAUUUGAUUUUGUAACCAGAAUUUCCAGAUUUCCUAUGUACAAAUGGGAAGUACCCAGUGUCACCUUUCUGUGUUGAAAAUAUGCAAUAAAUUUCUUACUUAUCAAAAGAUAAUGCAUUAUUUUAAUAGUCACCCUGAAGUCAUUUUAAUAGUGAGAGGUACAGUAACAGAUCAUCAGCCUUUCUGUAAUCUAAACAAUUUUUAAUCCGAGCAUUGAUUUAUCUCAGUUUGGGUUUUGCUUCAAUUUUCUCCAACAGACACUGUAUACAAAGUAUUUGCUAAAUGUGGAGAAUUAGUGAGGUGCAGGCUUAUAAGAGAUGUUGGUAAGCUUACAAGUUUUGAAAUGUUUAUCAAAAUGAAUAUAUUAUUACAGCUUUACAGUUUGAUUGUUAUUGAAUAAGCUAAAUUAAUGAAUUUAAAUAUUAUAUGUCAGUACUCACACAAAUAAUUGGUCUUGUCAUUGACUCAGGUUCUGGACUGAAAGACCUGAUAAAUUUUUCAUCAUGAAACCAAAUACUAAAUGAAAAUUCCAGACAGCACUUUUUACAAUAUGAAUGUGAUUUCUUUUUUAUUCAGUUACAGGAUUUUCAAAGGGCUAUGCAUUUGUAGAGUACAGAAGUGAAAGGGGUGCUAAUGUGGCCUGGAGGGUAAGCAGUCUCAGUCUAGAGUAGAUUGUCCACUGUGCCUUUCAAAAUAACAGUGUUUUUCAAUAAAAAUCUUUCUUACCUGGAGAUUUCAAGACGGUGUGAUUUUUUUUAACCAUGGAACCCCAUGAUGUUUGGAGAAAUUCCAGUCAUUUAUUAGGCAGUUCUUCUCGUUUUCAACAGGAGAAAGACCUUGCAGUGAUCUGUCAUUAAGCCUGAAAAAUUCACAGUUCAAAUAAGUGAACUUCAUUAUUAUAGUAUUCCUAAUUUAUAAAAAAAUAAUCUUUCAUGUAGUUAUUGACUCUCAUACACAAUAAAAUGUACUUUCUCUUAAAGACAUCAUUGUUAAAAUUUGCACUUUUCUUCUGUUUUGUUUAUGGAUUUUAGGAGCUGCAUAAUCACAAGAUUGAUGGUAGUACUGUAUUGGUGGAGUAUGAAGCAGCCAGAACUCUCAAGGGAUGGAUUCCAAGACGAUUAGGUAAACAUUAUGGCGCAGUUCAUUGGUGUAUAAUAAUUAUUGUGUAAAUCAUGGUCCUGUAGGAUUAUUCUCAUACAGCAUAUCCUAUUGUAUAUACUUUUAUUUAUGACCAUUGUCAUCAGCCUUUUCCUUUUCCAUUCCAGUCAAGUAGCCAUUAAAGUUUAAUCAUAGACAGUUAUUGGUAUGAUGCUAUAAAAGUUUUGGCACUUCCAUGUCUCUUAUUUUCAUUUGCUGUGUGGCUUCUAGAUGCCAGUAAAAAAAAUUCCAAAAAAAUUGUUUCGUCCGAAAUUUUGAAACAUCUUUCAAUUGGGAAAAAGCUACUCAACUUCUUUGUCUUACUUUUCUACCUUGUGGUUACAGCAUGCCUAAGUCAGUAGUAAGUAUUUUACAGCAAGUUGCUCUGCAAUGGGUCAAUGGUGUAUUCAAAUAAUGAAUAACAUUAUCUUCAUAUAAACGACCCAUAAAAAUGCUUAUCAUCUUCCAAAUAUUCUGUGAUCAAUAAUAACAUUAUUCUCACUAUAAAAAGGUGGACAGAUUUCUGAGGUUCGAGCAGUAAAGGGAUUUACUAUUUUUUGGGUGAAAAACUUUAAUUGUAGCUACCCUAGUGGCUAUUUUUGGUGUCCUGAUAAAACUUGCCCUCUCUUGGCCUAACAAUCAUGUUGGUAAGAUAGAUUCCGCCAUAAUCAGGCUGAUUUGUAGCAUUGCUCUUGUCAUCAAUUGGUGUGCAGGUUGGAAUUUCUGUUAACUUUUUGUAGGCGGUGGUUUUGGAGGGAAGAAAGAGUCAGGACAACUCAGGUUUGGAGGAAGAGAUCGGCCUUUCAGGAGACCAAUGUAUGAAUUGAGUACCAUAAUGCCACUGUAAGACCAUGUGGUGCAGAAAUAAGAAGAGCACGGAUAUUUUUAGUGACUUGAAGGCGAAGAGCUUCAUCUCCACGUGACGAACUCUCGUUAUCUUUCGCCAUUAUUUCUCUUUUUGACGCCGCUAUUUAACUCGCUUCAGAUUCUACACAUGGUCCUAAACCCUCUUCAAAGUCAAGAGAAAGGCGUUAAGCCAAAUACCACGUCAAAUUUCCCGCAUUUUGAGAACUCGACUGGCGAAUCCUCUGUUCAAGAAAUCUAAUGCCCUAGUAUAAAAACGCGGGUAACAAAACAAACCGCGCCACAAUAAUGGACGUGACAAACUGGGCCUGAACCUACCCAGAAAACAACGGGCUCCAACGAGCUUAUAAUUUUCCAACAUGGCGGACGGAUCGAUUGAUGGGUCUUGGCCUGGGUCUUGGCAUAUGGAACAGUUUUGUGAAUAUUUAACUCAAUUUCAGCAGUAGAGGUCGUGUCACAAACUAGCUCGAGAAAAUUUGUACUGGUUACUCUUUAAAAUGGAAUCAGUGAGUGAUCAGGUGACCAAAGUAGAUGUGGGGUAUGAAAUUCCAACUUGGAAUAACUGGACACCUUUGGCAAAGUUUUACCACCCUUUGCAAGCUGGUAGCAUUGAUGGAACUGACACAUUGCCGCAUGAUAAAGCUGUUUCUCGUGCUAUGGAAGCAAAAUGUAAGUAGAGAGUUGAGUGAAUAGAAAAGUUCAACACUCAAUAACUGCAGUCAUCUCUAAAAAUGAAAGUUCCUGUGGUGUUCAUGGACUAAAGUAGAAUCACCAGGAAUUUAGUGGACUUGCCUACUUCUUCAGUUCCUUGGUACACGGUGGGUUGUGGAAAGUAAUUAUAACUAACUAGGAGACAACUAAAAUACUUGUCUCUUCAGAAAGCGACAUUUUAAUAGAGAGAACAUCUUUGAUAUCCGAAGGUGAGUUAACAGUAAGCAAUUUAACUUGCUACCAUAUGUGUCUGAUAUCUUUGUAUGUGUGUUCCUGAAACAAUUGUGACGGGACACCCAGAAAAUAUCCCCAAGUGAUAUCUGAUAUUUACAAAUUCACCAACAAAUUGCCCUAUGUCUGCUUGUGACCUUAAGAGAGAACUUGGCAUGAGAUAGGGAGGCAGCAUGGCUAAGCGACUGGUGUAUUGGACUUGCAAUCCAGCAGUGCCGGGUUCGAGUCCCACUCCAACCGCUCACAGGAUUUGUUUCUCUUUCUUCCCAAGGUAAAAUCCUCUUCCAUGUUUGCGCCUAACUGGUUGCUUUCUGCCAGGCCAGCUGGGUUUUUUUAACCUUUUUUUUGUUCUAUUUGGAGUUUUUGUUUCUAGUUAUAUUAUUAUCUGAAUGGAGUGCCUGUAGACAAUAUGUAGCUUGAAAAGCUAAGUGCAUUUUAACCCAUUCGCCCCUGAACCGCCUGUAACCGCCCGUGCGGAUCCAGGUCCUUUCUACCCUUUGUGACGUCAUCAGUUUUAACGGUCAAGGACAAUUUUCUUCGCUACCUUGUGCAGAGUGAAGAGAUCUUUCAAACCAUACCAGAAUGAGCACAAUUCAGUCAAGGACACCAGAGAAAGAAGCAAAAAACCACGUGACAUUGACCUGAAAAUCUCCAUGAAAAUCUUGUUCCAUUACCAACNCUUGUGCAGAGUGAAGAGAUCUUUCAAACCAUACCAGAAUGAGCACAAUUCAGUCAAGGACACCAGAGAAAGAAGCAAAAAACCACGUGACAUUGACCUGAAAAUCUCCAUGAAAAUCUUGUUCCAUUACCAACCUACCUUUCCUUUCUCCUAAUAUUAAGAUCCUAAAAGCUUUCCUAAAAACUCUUCCAACCAAAUUGAAGCCUACUAAAUGCCCAGCAAGAGAGAAAAAAAAUGAGGCAAGAAAAGCGAAAAAAGAAGGGAGGAGAGAAAGCGAAAAGUAAAAGUCAAGACUGCUGUGUCACUUUGAAACCCAAAAAUUAUCUCGAAAUUUUGCUUUCUGCGCAUGCCCGAACUUCGCAAGCUGAUAUUUCGCAUCUGGAUCAGAAGGCCGCAAAGUGUACGACCUGUAAACCAGUUUGUGGUAAGUUUUAGCUCUUUAUAGCACGACAGUGACCAGAAAACCACUCGACUAGCUUCAAAACGCGUUUUUCGGCAAAAUCUCCAGGAGUGAAUGGGUUAGCUAAAAACUUUUAGAAUAUAAAUGAGAUCACAAGCCACUUACGAGGUUUUUUCUAUGCACCCCUUCCUUGUUUACUAUUGUUUAAUUAAUAUCUUUCCUGGCACUUUAACAGUCUAUGUGAAGCUCAGUGAAAGUUUGCUUAACUCUGCCAUUUCGUGUUCGUAACUUGUAGAUAAACCAAACAAGAGAGUAUCUGGUGAUCCUGAUAAAACGUUGUUUGUUGGAAAGCUUAGCAAGGACACGUGUGAAAGUAAGAUUACAACUCAAACAUUGAUUAUAUAAUUCUUCUGCCGUAAAAAUUUAAAUUUAUAGCAUUUGUGGAACUGUAGUAUCAUUAAUUCCUGCAAAUACAACCCAGCCUAUGAUAUGUUAAGAUAAGAAAUUUGAUCAACUUUAAUUUAUAACUUCUAUCAUUAUCCAAUCAUGGUCUCUUUCUUUACAAUGUUCCCCUCAACAAGGAGCUUUAUACUCUAAACUUUUAACUACAAGCAGUCUCUUCCUCUGUAUCCACUUUUUAUUCUUACCAGUACAGCCCCAUGAGCACUUUACAGGCAACCAUGACAGUUUUCCUAUUAAGUUUUUUUAAGUUUCAUGUGUUCACUUUUUAAAUCACAUGACUUGGAUGGCUAACAUUUGUGAUGGAACCACCCCUCUUGUCUCAGGCAGGGUUGUAAUCUCACUAAUCUCUCUCUCAAGAUGUCCAAGAAAGUAAGUGCUUAUCAUUUACCCUCAAACCACCUGGGUAGAAAUCUUGUGCAUAAACUUUAAACCACACCGUAUAAAAUUUGACUUGGUGGGAGAAUGACCCACUACAAUGUAUAUCCAAAUCAGCUGAACAGACUUAAAAGAGUAGAAAAAUUGCAUCCCCUCAAAUCACAGCCCAUGUUUUGGGAAGCCCCCCAAAACACAAUGGUGCAAAUCAUUUGAUUUUCUAACCAGAAUUUUCAGAUUUCCUAUGUAAGUGGGAAGUACCCAGUGUCACCUUUCUGUGUUGAAAAUAUGCCAUACAUUUCUUACGUAGCAAAAGAUAAUGCAUUUAAUAGUCACCCUGAAGUCAUUUUUAAUACUGGGAGGUGCAGAUCAUCAGCCUUUCUGUAAUCUGAACAAUUUUUAAUCUGAGCAUUGAUUUAUCGUACUCAGUUUGGGUUUUGUUUCAAUUUUCUCCAACAGACACCGUAUACAAAGUAUUUGCCAAAUGUGGAGAAUUAGUGAGGUGCAGGCUUAUCAGAGAUGUUGGUAAGCUUACAAGUUUUGAAAUGUUUAUCAAAAUGAAUAUAUUAUUACAGCUUUACAGUUUGAUUGUUAUUGAAUAAGCUAAAUUAAUGAAUUCAAAUAUUAUAUGCCAGUAUGCACACAAAUUGGACUUGUCAGCACUUUUUACAAUGAAUGUGAUUUCUUAUUUAUUCAGUUACAGGAUUUUCAAAAGGCUAUGCAUUUGUAGAGUACAGAAGUGAAAGGGAUGCUAAUGUGGCCUGGAGGGUAAGCAGUUUAGAGUAGAUCGUCCACUGUGCCUUUCAAAAUAACAGUGUUUUUCAAUAAAAAUAUUUUUUACCUGGUGGUUUCUAGACUGUGUGAUUUUUUUUUUGAACUAUGGAACCCUAUGAUUUUUGGUGAAAUUCCAGUCAUUUAUUAGGCAGCUCUUCUCAUUUUCAACAGGAGAAAGACCUUGCAGUGAUCUGUCAUUAAGCCUGAAAAAUUCACAGUUCAAAUUAGUGAACUUCAUUAUUAUAGUAUUCGUAAUUUAUAAAAAAAUAAUCUUUCAUGUAGUUAUUGACUCUCAUACAUAACAAAAUGUACUUUCUCUUAAAGACAUCAUUGUUAAAAUUUGUACUGUUCUUCUGUUUUUUUUUAUGGAUUUUAGGAGCUGCAUAAUUACAAGAUUGAUGGUAGUACUGUAUUAGUGGAGUAUGAAGCAGCCAGAACUCUCAAGGGAUGGAUUCCAAGACGAUUAGGUAAACAUCAUGGGGCAGUUCAUCGGUGUAUAAUCAUUGUAUAAAUCACCUGUCAAAUUAUUCUCAUACAGCAUAUCCCAUUAUAUAUACUUUUAUUUAUGACCAUUGUCAUCAGCCUUUAUCUUGUCCAUUCCAGUCAAGUAGCCAUUAAAGUUUAAUUAUAGACAGUUAUUCGUAUGAUGCUUUAAAAUUUUUGGCACUUCCAUGUCUAUCAUUUUUAUUUGCUAUGUGGCUUCUAGAUGCCAGUAAAAAAAUUCCAAAAAAAUUGUUUCAUGUGAAUUUUUGAAACACCUUUAACUGGGAAAAAACUACUCAACUGCUUUGUCGUACUUGUGUACUUUGUGGUUACAGUUGAGCAUGCCUAAAUCAGUAGUAAGUCUUUUACAGCAAGUUGCUCUGCAAUGGGUCAAUAGUGUAUUCAAAUAAUCAAUAACAUCUUCAUAUAAAUGACCCAUAAAGAUGCUUAUCAUCUUGCAAAUAUUCUUUGAUUAAUAACAUUAUUCUCUCUAUAAAAAGGUGCACAGGUUUCUGAGGUUUGAGCGGUAAAGGGAUUUACUAUUUUGAGGGUGAAAAACUUUCAUUGUAGCUACACUAGUGGCUAUUUUUGGUGUCCUGAUAAAACGUUCCCUCUCUUAGCAUAGCAAUCAUGUUGGUAAUAUAGAGUCCGCCGACCUCCGCCAUAAUGGGCCAUUUGAACUAAGGGGUCAUGUGACAUCAUUUUUAUGAAAAUGAAAGUUAUAUGAUUUUGCUUUCAAAAAAACCAUGAGUGGGUCAUAUCUUAAACAAAAUAAUAGUUAUUUAGUUUUUCAAACAAGCACCAUUUUCUUAAAAUGAGUAAGUGCAUAGCUGGUCACGUGACCAGAAUGUGGUUUUUAAAACUAUGAAUUACCUCUUUCUGAAAAGAAAUUUUGCACUUAAACUUUAAGGAAAUUGUUGAAAAGAUGAUGUGGUAACGUUUUCAGUACAUCUGAGCGUAACUAUCAAACGUUUAACAAGAUACAAGCAAAAAGUAGUUAUGGCCGCCAUGAUGGAGGGCGACAGUGUACCCUUUAACAUGGUGGCCAAUACAAAUCAUACUACUUUGUUGAAAAAUCAAAGUGCCAUAAAAUAUCUCCCUUAAAUGCAUUUCCUCUCAAAUUUCGGUUGUAAGAUAAUUUUCAUAUGCUCCGUCAAUUUUUUGGCAUCAGCAAGAUUCCAACUCAUUGUUUAAAUGAAGCAUUGAUCAUGUGACCUCUUAGUGCAAGUGGCCUAUCAGGCUGAUUUGUAGCAUUGCUCUUGUCAUCAAUCCUGUGUGCAGGUUGGAAUUUCUGUUAACAAAAACAUCCGCCACCAAAACCUCCCUUCUUUCUCAGUCCUGUUGAGUCCAAACCUCCUUCUCUAGCCGGAAAGUCCUCUGGUUACAUACUUAACUCAUGGUAUUUUUGAGUGUUGUCAUCUUAGUGACUGAAUUCCUGAGUAAUGUUAAAAGUAUUGAUGAAUGUUUGCCAGCCUGUGCAGAAGUCAUCAUCACAAUCAAUAGCAAAUAUUAAUGAUUAGAUCUGCCCAGUGGUUAAAAACUGUAACAAAAAUAUUUUCAAACGUCUUUGUUGCACUUUCAUGUACUUUCAGCAACAAUCCGUCUCUAAUUAUAACCAUAGUUACCAACUAUGUUAUAUAAACAUGACAUCGUUUACGGGUUAAAUUGCUUUGGUUACCCACUGAACCCGCCCCUCCCCUCCCCAUCGUUCUCUUUCAAACCCCCUUUAGUUACGAUCACGUAACUUACCACGCGAUCUGUCCCAUUUUCUCAUUAGACCAACUGACCAGGAUGGAAAGCAACAUAAAUACUUGCGUGGAUCACGUGAUCACGAAGGUGCUCGUUCUGCGCGUGAAGAUUACCGUGAUAGUUAUCGUGAACGACGAUGGGAAAGCUCUCGCGCUGAGCGUGAACGUGAUGGAUACCGUGAAAAACGUGACAGAGACAGUUCGCGAAGUAGUUCUCAUUAUCGGGACCGCGAUGACGAUUCUGAUGUAGCUCGUGAUUGGCAAAGAUAUCGUGAACGUGACAGUGAUAGGACGCGUGAUAGUGAGAGAUCACGCGACAUCGAAAGGUCGCGUGAUAGUGAAAGAUCACGUGACCGUGGUGGAGAACGUUACAAGGAUCGUGGGCGUCAUAGGGACAGCGAAGGAUACCGUAGCAAAGAUAGACAUAGUCAUCGGGAUAAAGACAGAGAGAGUUAUGAAACAAGUCGUAAGAAUAACGAUACAUACUGUAACACUGAUCAAGAGGAGGGUGAAAUUGGAUAG